AUGUUUUGGCUACUAUUCUUGUCUGUAUGUGUUUUUUCUUGCAAUGCUUCUGUGGAAGGAUUGAUAGAUAUAGCAACGAGUGAAGUAUUAGACGAUGCAAAGGAAUUGAAUGAUAUGAUUCAAGAAUCAUUUCACAAACUUCUUGAGGAUUCUUUGAUAGCCAACUAUUCUUCUAGAAAAUCUGAGUAAGCUUUGUUUUUCUAAAAAAAUGAAUCAAGAGUAACGAAUAUUCUAAUAGGUUUUAUUUGAAUGUCUACGUCAAUCCAGCUAUUCAACAUAUGUCAAUUGAUCCAGUAAAACAAACUAUGUUUCUUGUUAUAUAUUAUGUUGUUGUAAGUUUAAAAAAAUUUAUUGAAAACCAAAAACCGAAAUUUCUCUUUGAGGUAUGGGAAGAUGAACGGCUAGCCUGGGAUCCCAAAAAAUGGGCUGAUGUGAAAACAAUCACUGUUAAUUCUGCAGCAAUUUGGCAACCAACAUUUCAUUUUGAAAAUAUGCUCAUGAUAGGGGGAAAACCACGACGAGAAGAUCGACCUUUUGUGACCCUAGAAAUGCAAGAAAAUGUAAUUUGUCUGCAAUAGAGAUUUUUUAGUUAUCGAUUCCAAAAAAAACCAACAUUUCCAGGCAACACGAGCGACUGUCAUAACACAGUUUAGAUAUAAUUUGGAAUUUGAAUGCACAAUGAGUUUCGAUGGUUUUCCAGCUGAUGAAAAUUUUUGUGUUGUGGAAUACGAUACUGAAAGUCCAAAAGUUUUGUUGAAAGAUUACAUAUGGAAUUCGAGAAAGGUUGAUUUAGGUAGACCUUUUACAGUAUUUUUAAAAUAAUGUAAACAAUUUUUAUAUUCUUUUUGGUGAGAUUUUUACUGCUCCAUUUUUUCUACGGUGUUACCAAACUUUUUUUUUCAUAAUAAUGUAGUAUGUUUAAAAAUUGAUUAGACACCAUGUUACGUAGAAAAAAUCCAAGUUUAGAUAAACAAGAGCUGCAGGCCGGAAAAUCCAGAUUCGCCAAAGUAUUUUACAGAAAUUAGUAAACUUUUUUGAAGAUAAUUUGAAAAUUGAAUUUUUUCAGCAUUUUCCGAAAAUGACCCAAAAAUGAUAGUUUCGGAAUUUGAAAUUCUCAAUGUAACAUCAAGAGUCUCUCUUUCGAUUGACUCAUCACACAAUCUUCUGACACAAUCCCAUCGAACUUUUAUUUAUUUCAAACGCCAUGCUCCAUAUUUCUUCGCAGUUUUCACAAUUCCAAUUUGCGUGAGUCCUUUUUUUUUUAACAACAAUUUGUUAUAUUAAAAAAUUUUGUUUUAGAUUUGUGCAAUUUUGAAUAUGCUCUCUUUUUUGACUAGUUCAAUUCUUGUUUCUUGUUUUAUUUCAUUCGCAUCAAUUUUGCUCGGCAUGCUUUUUAUGAAAGAUUUUCUCACACAACUCCCUCCAUUCAUCAAUACUGUUCCGAAAUGUGUUCAAUUAUACAUGUUUGUUAUGUUCAUCAAUUUCUUUUCCCUGAUUCUCCAUUUUGUUUCAAUCAAGUUUGAUCAUAUUCCAAUUUCGAAAAUCAAACGAAGCUUGUCAAUUAUUUCAAAAUCGACAACUAUCAAAGGUAAGUUGAACUUUUUUUUAUCUCACUAAUGUGCAAAAUUUCAGACGAAAUACCAUUGCUCAAAAUAAUUCGAACAUUUUUCGCAAUCGCUCUUCUCGUAACAUAUUGUGUUUUGAUUGUCAAAUUUUUAGUUGGAAAAUAA